AUGGCGCGACUCACGCGAGCGAGACGCAGCGCCUACCACCACGCGCGUCAGGUCGGCAAAGUACGCACGCACACUUGACCGGCCUCGUCUGACUUAAUCGCCCAUGCUUAGCGCCCCGGAUCGCCUCCCGGCGGUGGUAUAUAAACGCGCGGCCCUUCACGUUUAUCUUCCACGCAUCGAUCCAUCUAGCAUUCUAGCUAAGCCGCCGUGUACAGUUGCAACACGCACUGCGGGCGAUCCAUCGCCAGCCCAGACCAUUGACCCGCAUCUCGGGCGACGCGCGCGAGCAAGGGAGGGGGAGAUCGAUCGAUCGAGAGUUCCGACAUCGACCAUGAAGGUGCAGUGCGACGUGUGCGCGGCCGACGCGGCCUCCGUCUUCUGCUGCGCCGACGAGGCCGCGCUCUGCGACGCCUGCGACCGCCGCGUGCACCGCGCCAACAAGCUCGCCGGCAAGCACCGCCGCUUCUCGCUGCUCAACCCGUCGCCGUCGCAGAUGCCGCCGCCGCUCUGCGACAUCUGCCAGGAGAAGAGGGGCUUCUUGUUCUGCAAGGAGGACAGGGCGAUCCUGUGCCGGGAGUGCGACGUGUCGGUGCACACGGCCAGCGAGCUCAGCAUGCGCCACGCCCGCUUCCUGCUCACCGGCGUGCGGGUCUCCUCGGAGCCGGCCGCCUCCCCCGCGCCCCCGCCGUCGGAGGAGGAGAACACGAGCAGCCACUGCUGCAGCGGCGACGACGACGCGCACGGCGCCAGCAGCGGCAGCAGCAUCUCCGAGUACCUCACCAAGACGUUGCCCGGGUGGCACGUGGAGGACUUUCUGGUCGACGACGCCACCGCGGCGGCCGCCGCCGCCGCCGCCGCUUCCGCCGGCUUCUCUUCAGGCGGAUCGUAUCAGGGAGUAGCUCCCAAUUUCGCGGUGCACGACGCUGGCUACCCGGCGGGGUGGAUGAGGCAGGAGCAUUGGGUGCCGCAGAUGUACACGGAGCUGGCCGGCGGCAAGAGAUCCCGGACUUCGGCUGCCAGUCCGCACUGGUGAAAUAUAAGUGUCACCGGCGGCACGUCUGUGUUAUGCACUGGAUCGGAGUUAAUAUGCUGGAGUACAUGACUGUAAUACUAGAUGAUGUUGUUUCGGGCUUAAUUUCUGGGUUUUGCGCUCCCUGGGCGUCCUCAUUCCUCGGGAUGUUUGGGAGCGUUCGUGCUUUUUGAGGCCGUGGAGAAAAUCUCCGCUCCUUUAUGUGCUUUUCUCCUAAGUUUUUGCCCCUAAUACGCGAAUAAGGGAGUCGUUUUCCCCUCCGAUAACAGUUUGGUCAGAAGUUGAAUUUCUGCA